GCGCCGUUCGGGCGGAGUCGGGCGCGCCUUCGGUGACGGCGAGUACGGCGACUGACGUCAUGGUGCAAGAUGGCCGCCGGUAUCGGGAAUGGCGUAGCGGUGUAGCGUAGACGAGGCUGGGCGGUAGAAACGAAUCCCGGGGAAUAGGUGUGUCGGUGUUUCGGCGUCGCGCGCGAGAUAACACGCCGUCGGGAUGAUGCCCAGCCGCGUCGUCGUCAUCGUCGCCGCGGGCUGAGAUUUGGCUUGGAGUUUCGGCGCCGCUCGCCGCUCGCCGCUCACCGCUCGUCAGCAGUGCUCCUCGUACGAAUCGUACGUACAAAUAGGCGCUGCGUUUCGCGUUUCGCGUCCGGUGUUCGGUGUUCGGUGUCCGGUCUCUUUCUCUCUCUCACACAUUCUCUCCUUUUUAUUCUUUCUCUCUCUCUCUCGCUCUCCUCUCUCUUAUUGCCACUGGGAACAUAUAGGUAAUCAAACGUGUCACACAACAUCUUUCCUUUUUCUAUACAGCCAAAAGAUUCUCGAUCCUCUUUCGCGAAUUUCUGUUACUGUGUACUUUUUUUUGCAAGGGAGACGGGCUUUCCGAAGUUCGACGAUUAAAAAUCGAAACAAGAGCUAGGAGGUAGGAGCUAGGAGUGAAAAUCGGAGUACGGAUUGACGUUUGCCGAGAGAUCUGAGAGAGCGAAAAUGAGGUGGCGCCGGUUUUCUUUCGGGCGAUAACUACGCUUCGUGCUCCGUGAGAGUGUGGGAGUGUGGGAGUCCCGAGUCCCGGCCACCGAACCACUCGAAAGCCCCAUCAAAAAAUCGCGAUACUGAUUGCGAGCGAGAUAUGUCGAGAUAGCAGACAUCUCCCUUUCUUUCUUUAUCUCUCUCUCUCUCUCUCUCUUUUUCUCUCUCUUUCCCUUUUCUCUCGUCGUGUUUCGUGAAAUUGCCCGGGACGUAUUAUUAUUGUGAUUAUCAUCCACACGUAGUAAAGAACGGAUUGAUUGAAGUAGAGGGUGACAGAGAUACUGUGUCAAAAAAAGAACACUAAAGAAAAGGACCAAGCUCCAAGAUGUAGAGAUCGGGAGAAGAGGAGAAAGCUAAAGAAUGCUCUUUUGCGGGCUUCAAAAGAGACAAAUGAGAUAUAUUUUAGAGAAAGAAAUGUGGAAAUCGAAACAGGAUUGAAUUACACUAACAAUUAGAUUCAUAGCCGAGUGUUUUAUGAAACGACAGAGGUUUCUUCGAAAAUAAAUAAUCGAUCGAGAGAGAGAGAGCAAGUUUACGCCUUGAGAUUCGUUCACGAGGAUAAGAACAAGGAUAAGAAUACCAAAAAUAAAAACGAAGAAGUUAUUCGGUGGUCCAGACGAUUGAUUCUUUUGGAAAAAUAAGAUAAGAGAGCGAUUCGUGGACAAUGUGUCGAUGCGCUGUCAAUCUAUUUAUCAUGCUGCUAAAUGCGAAAUUCGAAUGAAGAAACGGACCAAUCUUACUGAAUUUGGCACAGAGAUACAAGUUUGUAUACAUUCAAUCACAAGAUGUUAUCAUCGUGUCAUGAAAUCUGAAAAAAUAGAGUGCUAUAUUAUGUCGUUUAAACCAGAGGAACGAAGAAAAAGGAUAUAUUUGAAGGAGCAAAACUUGCACGAGUCCUCCAAAUGGCUGGAUGUCCAAUAAGGAAGGAAGGAAGGAAGGAAGGAAGGGGCCGAUACGAUAAACGGCCUUUGGAUUUGACUGAUUGUGCGCGCGAGCUUCUCUCUCUCUCUCUCUCUCUCUCUUUUGCGUGACUGAAAGUCGCGAAAUCUAAUGUCGUAUACGCGAUCAAGUCGAGGCAAGUGCGUAUGCACGCGGUCAAAGAGGAGGCGUGCGAGUCUCCGUCACUUGCAUAAUCAAAGCAAAUGUACUGUGAUGGCGAAGAACUUUGGAAUCGCGACGUGUGGAUGUCAUUGAAGCGGUAUCGCCCGAGGAAAGGGCGCACGCGGAGAGUGGACGGGCAAAAUGACCAAAUCCGAUGUGGGUGCGUGAAUAAGGAGAAAAAGAAGUUAUCAUAAUCUUGACGAGAAUAACGGCCACGCUGUACAACUCGCAAAAUGUGGAAUAUGAUGUGCGAUGUGAUGCCAACGAUCGCGGAGGACAGCAUGAGCCAGCGGAGCUCGCAAUUCUCCGGCGAAGACGGAAACUUCGAGCAGUUGAUGGUGCAAAUGCUGGACGAGCGUGAUAAGAUGAUGGAGUCGAUGCGCGAGCAUCAGGAACGAUUGCAGGAGAUGGAGGCGCGGCUGGCGGAGGUUGAGAAGGAACGAGACGCUCUGAAUCGACAGCUUAACGCGAAUAUUCCUCAGGAAUUCUCGCAGCUGACAAAAGAAUUGGCAGCGGCACGAGAGAGUAUCUUGGAAAGAGAAGAGGAGAUUUCCGAAUUAAAGGCAGAACGAAACAACACACGCCUUUUGCUCGAACAUUUGGAGUGUUUAGUAUCACGACACGAACGGUCGCUCAGGAUGACAGUUGUGAAACGUCAAGCCGCCGCACAAUCCGGGGUGUCGUCGGAGGUAGAGGUACUCAAAGCUUUGAAAAGCCUUUUCGAGCAUCACAAGGCUUUGGAUGAAAAGGUACGUGAACGUUUGCGCGUGUCCCUCGAAAGAAAUACGAGUCUUGAGGAAGAAUUAGCCCAUACCAAAGAAGAACUCCAGCAGUAUAAAGUAAGCGGUCAUCCACCAAAAGCUAUAGAAGAUAGGCCCAAAGAGAACGGACAGGCAGACGAAGGUCAGCAACAGAAUAAGAAUGAAAUUCAACAGACAACGAGCCAGCAGCAUCAACAACAUCAAUCGCAACAGCAACAACAACCGGUACAAAAACCAGGUACAGAGAAGUCAGCUGAAGUCGGCAGUAGGCUGAGCAAUGGAAGUCUCGAUUUCGCCGAGCAGGACUCAGCAGUACGAGUAAUAGACUUACAAGCCACUCUCGACAAGCAGAGUUCGGAAUUAAGUACGUGGCAACGACGAGUAGCGGAAUUAAGCGGACGUGUUGCCGAAUUAGAGGAAACGCUGUCAAAAACACAGAAGGAUCUCCUAAAAGCACAGGAGGCAGGUCUCAAAUUACAAAGAGAUCUGCGGGAGAACGCAGCGCAAAAAGAGGAUCAAGAGGAGAGAAUAGCGACUCUAGAAAAACGAUAUCUCAAUGCUCAACGGGAAUCCACUAGUCUUCAUGACCUUAAUGAAAAGCUGGAGCAGGAGUUGCAGCAUAAAAAAGCUCAAUUAAAGCUCCAAGAGGAGAAAAUCGCUGCUAUACAGGAGAAAUUAGAACUCGCGGAACAGAAAUUAGCUCAAUAUGCUAAAUUACCAGAAAUGGAAGAGCAAUUAAAACAGAGGAUGGAGGCUCUGACGCAGGUGAGGAGGCCCAACCAGCAGGCUCAGGAGAGGCAUGGUAGCGCGGAGGAUAGAAUCCAAAGGCUGGAGGCACAGUUGGAAGAAAAAAAUGCAGAAGUUAUGCGCGUUAAUCAACGACUUAAGAUGAAUGAGGAGCAUAAUACGCGUCUUAGCACAACCGUUGAUAAACUUUUAUCUGAAUCUAAUGAAAGAUUGCAAGUACAUUUGAAAGAAAGGAUGCACGCAUUGGAAGAGAAGAAUGCGCUUACUCAGGAACUCGAGAAAACAAGGAAGAUAGCGGAGGAUCUGCAAAAUGAAAAGACUGACAUUGUUAAAGAAUUAGGAAAAGCACGUUUAGAAAUCGACAAUGUUAAAAGACAGAUGCUCCAACAGGAGAUUGCAUUUAAUAUUCAGCAAACGGACGCCUUGACGAGAAGUUUAUCUCCAAAUGCUGUAGAUCCAAGUUCUUUCUCAAGAAGCGCAAGUCACAGCAGUUUUGAUACGCACUCAUUGCCUAGAAGAGGAGGUAAACGAUCUAUCGAUGAAGAUUCGUCAAAGAAUUAUGUGGCACGAACUUUGGCGGAGCAGGAGUGGGAAAAACUGCAACAAGCGCACGUACUUGCUAAUGUUCAACAAGCGUUUGAUGUUUCGAGCGACGCGGAGGGUGAUGGAGAUAACGAAAGUAUUUUCAGUUGUGCGGCUGAUGUAAUUAGCCCUACGGGACAUACAGAUGCUCAAACAUUGGCAUUGAUGCUGCAAGAACAAUUGGAUGCUAUUAACAAGGAAAUUAGAUUAAUUCAGGAAGAAAAACAAAGUACGGAAGCGCGUGCAGAAGAAUUGGAAUCUCGCGUCGGCAGUCUGGAGCAUAUGAAUUUGUUAGCGAGAGGGCGAAGCCUUGAACGAGCAUCGCCGCCACUGAGUGGUCGAUCUACUCCAAAAUCGCAUCAUAGUCCUAACAGAGAUUAUUUGCACAAGUACCACACCGUUAGUAAUCACGCACCUGCGUCAAUGUCUCCAGCGCAUUUACAUCAAUAUGCCGUGUCUUUAGCUAGUCCAGGCCAAUUGUCAGAAUCUCUUCCUGCUAGCCAGUUACAAUUGUCAGGAGAAGAAUUACACUCGGUUAGUGAAAGAGACAGCACUGGUGGUGCGGGAAGUGGUGGUAGCGAUGCAGCUUCUCCUCUAACAGCCAGAUCACUGAGAUUGGAACGAGUGGUUCAAGCAUUGGCUCACAGUCAGGAAGAACUUAGAAGACGUACUGGACAGAGCGGAUUUCCAAGCAGUGGUUUCCCCACGCACAGCAGGCAUGGACAGCAUAACAACGGCGCACUGAAUUCUGGAACUCCCCCUUCCCCAUUGUCCUCACGCCACAGCAGCCAGGACAGUUUGCACAAGAACAACUUCUCCAGCGUUGGACUGCCUAUUGGACAAUUGUCAACGUCGCAUUUGCACAUACAAUCGACCAUGAGUCCCGCUACGGCAGCUGCGGUCGCGGCUGCUCAAAAAAAGAAAGGCAUUAAGAGCAGUCUUGGUAGAUUUUUCAGUAAAAAGGAGAAGAUUAAAGGAAAAGACACACCGAUGCCUGGAGAUGUGCCAGGGAUGGGAGGUGCAAGUACACCAGCUGAUCCUGAUUAUGGGGACAGCGUAUCUGUAGCUGGUACACUUGGAAGCAAGAGUGAUUUUGAUCGUAGGAAAAAGAAGAGUCCGAGUAUGUUUGGUAGCAUGUUGGAUUCUUCGCGGCAUGAGCUUUUGGCGGAAGCGAUGAAAGCAGGAACACCUUUUGCCCUAUGGAAUGGACCAACAGUAGUCGCGUGGUUGGAGUUAUGGGUGGGCAUGCCGACAUGGUAUGUCGCUGCUUGUCGAGCAAACGUCAAAAGCGGUGCUAUCAUGAGUGCUCUUAGCGAUACAGAGAUUCAACGAGAGAUUGGAAUAAGCAAUCCCUUGCAUCGAUUGAAGCUGAGAUUAGCCAUUCAAGAGAUGGUGUCGCUUACGAGUCCGUCUGCGCCAAAAACCUCUCGCACAACAUUAGCAUUUGGUGAUAUGAAUCACGAGUGGAUAGGUAAUGUUUGGUUACCAAGUCUCGGAUUGCCCCAAUACCGAUCCACUUUCAUGGAGUGCCUUGUUGAUGCUAGAAUGCUCGAUCAUCUUACAAAGAAAGAUCUUCGUGGUCAACUGAGAAUGGUUGACAGCUUCCACAGAACAAGUUUGCAGUAUGGUAUUUCCUGUUUAAAACGACUAAAUUAUGAUAGGCAGCAAUUAGAAGAAAGAAGACGAGUGGCAGAAAGUGCCAAUAUAGAUGUACUCGUAUGGAGUAACGAUCGUGUUAUAAGAUGGGUUCAAUCAAUUGGUUUGAAGGAAUAUGGGAAUAAUCUCUUGGAAUCGGGUGUGCAUGGCGCACUUAUAGCUCUAGACGAAAGUUUCGAUGCAAAUAGUUUUGCGUUAACUUUACAAAUUCCCACACAAAAUACGCAGGCAAGACAAUUACUAGAGAUGGAAUUUUCAAAUCUAUUAACGGUAGCGACAGAGAGACGACUGGACGAUAGUAGUAUGAAAUCCUGAUCCAGUUCGUCGAGUCGACUGUCUCAUAUUCAACCGCAUCACGUCUAGUCCAAAACCCCAGCUAUCGCUACUAUCUAUGCGCAAAUGUGUUGUAAAAGUUGUAAGAGCUUUAAGUAUCAUGCUAGGAAUAUCUUCACAUAUGACAAAUGUGACAAAUGUGACAUUUUUUGGUAAUACCGAGGUGUGUUUUGACAUAAAAGUGUUAAGAGAUAAGCUUAUACGAUACAUUCGAUACUAGGGAUGCAUUUUAUUCGUUUUUAUGUCGCACGUACAUCAAUUUAUAUAUGUGUCGCAUAUUGACGAAGAGAGGAAAAGAUAAUUAUUCCGAACAAUUUUUCAUAUAGAUAUCGAAAUGUAGCAGGCAGUCGUUAAAUUGUUAUUAUACAUAUAUUAUUAGAAAGACAUUAUAAUAGCACUUUUUUUUGAAAACUCGAAAUAUCAAUUGCAAACAAUUAUGACAAUAAUUCUUCCUGAGUUGGCUUUGUUUGUUUGUAAAAUUGAUAAUCCGUAGUCUCUCAGUAUUACAACGUCGUGUAAUAGACUAUAUUUGUCAUACGACUAUCGCGUUAUAUCGCGUUCGUACUACAGCGUGUACUUAUAACAAUUAUAUUCAAUAAAUACUUGAAACAGCGUAAGUUAACUUUACACCGCGCACAAAAAUAUAGUGGAAAAUCGAGUCUCUGGGAUAUAUCGUUGCUUUUGAAGAAGUCGUUGCAAGAUAUCGUGUAAUACGAUUAGGAAGGUGAAUUUACAUAAAAAAGUUAAGAUACUUAGUAAACUUUUUUUUUAUACAAAGCUUUAUAUCUUGUCUUUUCUCUUUAUUAAAUUAAGAUAAAUUUUAAAUAUGAUUGAAUGAAUUUUGCUAUGGGCUAUUAGAGUUUACUAGCUUACAUCUGAGUAUAAAAGCAAUAAAUGUAAGAUUUUAUUCAUAGCAAAAUAAAGUCGAGUUUAAUGUGUUUUACAUAUAAUUUUCACUUAAAUUGUUUUAUAUUAAGGAUGUGUCCUUUUCAUUGUUUGACAACGAUAAAAUGUUUAAUUUUUUUUUUUUUUUUUUUUUUUUUUUUUUUUUU